AUGUCACCCGCUGUGUUCCCGCCCAGCGUGAUGAUCGGGGGGGUGAAGGUGCGAGCGCUGUACGACUACGUGGCCGACAGACGAGUACCACCGCUGGCACCAGGGACAGAACCUGGGCUAGCAAAGGACAGGUUAGUGGCACCAGGGACAGAACCUGGGCUAGCAAAGGACAGGUUAGCGGCACCAGGGACAGAACCUGGGCUAGCAAAGGACAGGUUAGUGGCACCAGGGACAGAACCUGGGCUAGCAAAGGACAGGUUAGUGGCACCAGGGACAGAACCUGGGCUAGCAAAGGACAGGUUAGUGGCACCAGAGACAGAACCUGGGCUAGCAAAGGACAGGUUAGUGGCACCAGGGACAGAACCUGGGCUAGCAAAGGACAGGUUAGUGGCACCAGAGACAGAACCUGGGCUACCAAAGGACAGGUUAGUGGCACCAGGGACAGAACCUGGGCUAGCAAAGGACAGGUUAGCGGCACCAGAGACAGAACCUGGGCUAGCAAAGGACAGGUUAGCGGCACCAGGGACAGAACCUGGGCUAGCAAAGGACAGGUUAGCGGCACCAGAGACAGAACCUGGGCUAGCAAAGGACAGGUUAGCGGCACCAGAGACAGAACCUGGGCUAGCAAAGGACAGGUUAGCGGCACCAGAGACAGAACCUGGGCUAGCAAAGGACAGGUUAGCGGCACCAGAGACAGAACCUGGGCUAGCAAAGGACAGGUUAGCGGCACCAGAGACAGAACCUGGGCUAGCAAAGGACAGGUUAGCGGCACCAGAGACAGAACCUGGGCUAGCAAAGGACAGGUUAGCGGCACCAGAGACAGAACCUGGGCUAGCAAAGGACAGGUUAGCGGCACCAGAGACAGAACCUGGGCUAGCAAAGGACAGGUUAGCGGCACCAGAGACAGAACCUGGGCUAGUAAAGGACAGGAUAGCGGCAGCAGAGACAGAACCUGGGCUAGCAAAGGACAGGUUAGCGGCACCAGAGACAGAACCUGGGCUAGUAAAGGACAGGUUAGCGGCCUGGAAAGAAUCCCGAUGCUAUUAAGAUCAGAGAAGGCAUCGGUUAGGGUGAAAUAGGGUUAGGUAUGGUUAGGGUUAGAUAGGGUUAGGUAUGGUUAGGGUUAGAUAGGGUUAGGUAUGGUUAGGGUUAGA